CAGCUGACCGACAUUUGGGCUAAUCAGGAAGCCGUGAACACCCUAUGAUCAGGGAAUGGACUUUAGACACCCACCUCUCUCAAUACUUCUACAACAUCAUGAAGGUUCUUGCUAUCCUCUACCGCGGCGGUGAGGCUGCUCAGCAGGAGCCCCGUCUCUUGGGUACCGUUGAGAACCAGCUUGGUAUCCGCGAAUGGCUCGAGUCGCAAGGCCACGAGUACAUUGUUUCAGACUCAAAGGAGGGCCCCGACAGCGACUUCCAGAAGCAUAUCGUGGAUGCUGAAGUCUUGAUCACCACUCCCUUCCACCCUGGGUACCUCACUGCAGACCUCUUUGAGAAGGCGAAGAACCUCAAGAUCUGUAUCACCGCCGGUGUUGGCUCGGACCACAUCGACCUUAACGCGGCCGUGAAGAAGAACGUCCAGGUCCUUGAGGUCUCGGGCUCCAACGUCGUCUCUGUCGCGGAGCACGUCGUCAUGUCCAUCCUCCUCCUCGUCCGCAACUUUGUCCCCGCCCACGAGAUGAUCGAGCGCGGCGACUGGCAGGUCUCAGACAUUGCGCGCAAUGCGUUCGAUCUCGAGGGCAAGGUUGUGGGCACGAUCGGUGCCGGUCGUAUUGGCUACCGUGUCUUGCAGCGUCUUGUGCCCUUCGACACCAAGGAGCUCCUCUAUUACGACUACGCAGCCCUGCCCGAAGCUGCCGCCAAGGCCGUCAACGCCCGCCGCGUCGAGGACCUCAAGGAGUUCGUCUCGCAGUGCGACGUUGUCACCGUCAACUGCCCCUUGCACGAGGGUACCAAGGGUCUGGUCAACGCUGAGCUGCUCAAGCACUUCAAGAAGGGUGCCUGGCUCGUCAACACCGCUCGUGGUGCCAUUUGCGACAAGGACGCUGUCGCCGCCGCUCUCAAGAGCGGCCAAAUCAACGGCUACGCCGGUGAUGUGUGGAACGUCCAGCCCGCGCCCAAGGACCACGUCUGGCGGACGGCUAAGAACCCCCUUGGCGCCGGAAACGGCAUGGUGCCGCAUUACUCGGGCACGACGCUCGAUGCUCAGGCGCGCUACGCCGCGGGCACAAAGAACAUCCUCGACCACUACCUGAAUGGCACCAACCAGGAGCCCCAAAAUGUCAUUGUCGGUGUCGGCAAGUACGAAUCCAAGGCCUACGGUCAACGCUAGAGGAUGUGUACCUGCGCUGGAGUCGUGGUCUCGCUCGUAUAAGGUUUUUUAUGGAUGAAUGACUGUAUAUAUAAUCACGCAUUUCUUAUGUAUCAAUGCUCUCCAACAAAAUCUCAC